CCACUAUCAACAAUAUACCCCGCCAUCACACGAUACGGAAGCAGAACGUCGCUCUUAUACCACAAAAUACCUCUCGCUAGCUGUACUAUAGCUGUACUGCAGAGACCGUAUCUCCUGAAGAAGGCCAGAGAAUCCAGACUUCCUGCGUGACUUUCUUCAACGUCACGGGACGGACAGACAGGUGGGCCAUGGAAACAACCAAUGCGCCGCCACCAGGAGUAGAAGAAAUAAAACAACAUCUCGAUGAAAGAGGUAUGGGAGAGGAGAUUGCGAGGUUAUACCUUGACUGUCCUUCUCAAUCCGCAAAGGACGUGAAAUCAUGGCUCGAAUCUAGCACCCACUUCCACCGCUCCGAGAAAAUAAUCCCCGCCCCCUCAUCACCCUCCUCUUCCACCUCCGCGCCACACCUACGCAUCCCCACUACCAUCCUACUCCCAUUAUCUACUUCUCCGGCUGAGGCGCGCGCGGCCCUUCCCUCACCACCUCCAGAAUCUGGGCUCAUGGAGAGGAUUUCCGUUGUGCUACUGCCUGUUUCCCCUGCUAGCAACGCGCUGGGGGAACUGGGAACAGCAUCAAAAGCUUCACACCACCUCUCCGACCCCUUCCUUACUUUUCUCUCUCACCCCGCUGUCAGCUCAGUAGUUGACUCACAAGCUCGAGAGUCCCUCCUCUCCACCCUCCCAAAACGAUACACCGUCUACACUCCACUGGCCCUCCUACCCACCGGCAGCCUAUCCUCAGACGCCUGGCAGGCCGUGCUGGACAACACCCCUCCCGUGGUGGUAGAGGAGCUAUGGACUGGCGUCCUGGGCGCCAUUACGCGACUUGGGGGGGAGAAAGUGACGCACCUAGCUAUCAACCAUCCCAUCCCCGGUUCCGCCGAGGAUGAGAAUAUCAUCCGCGCCCCUUCGCACCUACGCGCUCUCUUCGGCGACUUCGGCCCCACCAUCUCCGCUAAGAGGUGGGCGCUUGGCCCUGGGUUAGUGACAGGGGCUGGGGAGGGAGAGGGAGGGGAGGGAGAGCCGAUAGGGGAAGAAGAUUUUAAAAAUGCGUUCUGGGUGCGGACGAGACAGAAUGGGAUUUUCCAGUCCUGGGCCCCGCGUUGGACGAUGUUCAGUCGUGGGAAUGUUACUGAGAAGGCGAGGGUCCUCCGCUUCGGCGCUGCGUCAUGGUGGCUGAGUGCUGUUGGUGGUGGUGGUGGUACUGCCUCUGGUGGUAGUGAUGGGCGAAAUGGGGAACAGGUGCAAAUAGCGGUGGAUUUAUACGCCGGAAUCGGGUAUUUCACACUCUCCUACCUCUCGCGGGGGUACGCGGUGUUGGCGUGGGAGAUUAAUCCGUUUUCUAUUGAAGGCCUACGGCGCGGUGCGCUGGGUAAUGGGUUUGAAGUGCUUGUGGUAAAGGGGGCAGUGGACUGGGAGGCGGUUAGGGAGACGGUGGAGAAGAGGGGCGUGGUUGUUUUUGCAGAGGAUAAUAAGUUUGCGUGGGCGAGGUUUCAGGAGGGGUUGCAGGAGCUGGGGAAGAAGGGGGUGGUAGGAGGGGUGGAGGGGAGGUGGAAGGUGAGACAUGUUAAUCUUGGCUUACUGCCGUCGUCGAGGAUGGGAUGGGAGGUUGGAGGAAGGUUUUUGGGAGAGGGUCAGGGGGGUUGGAUGCAUGUGCAUGAGAAUGUUAAAGAAUCGGGUCGGAAGGAGAUGGUGAAGGGAGAUGAGAUUGUGGAGGUUGUUAGGGGGGUUGUUGGGGGUGGUGGAAGGGGGGAAGUGGAAAGGGAGGAAGAGGAAGGCAGAGAAGGAGGAGAAGAAAGGAAGGAGAUAAAUGUCGAGGUUAGGAGUGUAGCGAUGGUGAAGGGGUUUGGACCUGGAGUUAAUCAUAUGGUUUUUGAUGUGUGGGUUGGGCCGAAAGGGGUGGGUGCUGGGAUGCGUUGGGGGUUGUUGGGUGGGACAUAUGGCAUGUAA